AUGCGGGCCUCGUGGUGGAUCGGAGUUUGCGUACUCUUCGCCCCGUCGGUCAUCGCGACUGAGACGGCACCAUUCGCAGAACCGCACAUUAUUGAAUCCAAUAAGCGCGCCUUUGAAGUGCUCCAGAUUCUCAAGCGAGCGGACAACAACUGCCCCUGGGGAUAUAAUCCGUGCACCAGCCUGGGUAAUUCCAACGUCUGUUGCCGACCAGACACCAGUUGCUCCCGCGAUGCCGCCGACAACAUCGCCUGUUGCCCCACGGGCGCAGUCUGUACAGGCAGUCUCACGGGACCAUCUACAGCCACCGAGACGGGCACCAGCUUCAUGUUUCCACACGGCGCGACCGCGACGACGACAUCCAGCACGAUUGACCCGAACGGCGCCUCCAUCACCGGCUCAGUCAUCCCUGGGGCCUAUCCCUUUGUCUACGUGCCGACUACGUUUCCCAACUCGGCGGUCUGCUCUUCGUACUACUCUCUCUGUCAAUCGGAGUAUACUCAAUGCACUGCGAACCUCCUGGGCCGCUACGGAGUGACGGUCGGUGGAGUGGGCGGAGCUGGUGUGACGGUGCAAGCCGUGACGGCGACGUCGCAGGCUACGUCCAUCUGUUCGAGUCUCAGUCAACAAGCUUGCCAUGGCCUCCAGUUGAAUUACUGUGCCAGCGUGGCAACGGGCGCCGCCUCCGAGCCCAGCGGAAAUGGAGCACUGUCGACACAGUCAACAAGCCUGUACGACCUGAUGGCGGGUGUCAUGGUCGGCAUAGCCGCUGUGUUUAUUUGA